UAUUCCCGCGUCCAUUACUUUCGCUUAACAGCACGCGCAGCCGUGUGCUCGUUCUUCCAGGUUUGCCAUCUGAGUGGAUGGGAUGCUCUGCUCUGUGAUUAGCAACAUAAAACGACUCCAUCACCAUACUUUUUCAAUUUUCUGAUUCACCUCAUCUAAGCAGCAAAAGAGUUCAUGUGCAUUAUUACAGCUGUUAUGUGAGCUGAUUGGUGUGUUCUAGAUUUCUGAGGAGGAAAACAAGAUAUCCACUUUAGUCGGCAGGUCUGUUUAUCUGCAUUCAUUUUGGCCUGAGAACAUGAAAAGGUUGCUGCUACUGGAUAUAAUACUUUACGGCAUCCUGUUUAACAACACCUGGGCAUGGUCAGUAUCCAUGCCAAGCAGCAUUCAUGGCCUACACAAAUCCUGCCUCGUUAUACCAUGCUCAUUCAACUAUUCAUCCUAUCCACCUCAUAACCCUUAUCGGGUAGUGUGGUACCAGUAUGUUAGCAGGGGAUAUCCUCUAGUGUAUGACGGUUGGAACCCCUCUUCAGUGAUUGAUAUGUACAGAGGAAGAACCAGUUUAUAUAAGGGGACAUAUAGGGACUGCAGUCUUCUAAUUGAGGACCUUAGUUUUUCCCAUGAUAAAGACAGAAUAUAUACUUGGAUAGACCCGGAAAAUGUGGGAUGGAGAACUUACGAAUUCUAUCAUGUUACUACUUUAAUUCAUGUUGACUCAAAAGCACCAAAGCCCAGUGUUGAGAUUCUUGAAGGUUACAGAAUUGGGGAUAGCAUUACAGUUCGAUGCCAAACAUAUCAUACCUGUCCUUACAAACCCCCCUCUCUAAGCCUGACUGGGAUUGAAAAAAAAUUCGGAACAGAAGACAGAUUGGAACACAGUAACACUUUUUAUAAUGGCGUGUGGACAAUCACACUCACACGUCAAGGGAUUGUUCAGUCUGAAAGACAAGAAGUUAAAUGUUCUGUUAGACACACUGGUGGCCUCACUGAAUUCAGUACAAAAAUACAUAAUGCAGAGUGUUCCAUUAAUCAAGCCAGGAUUACUCCUGAUUCAAACACAGAGUUUCUGGAGGGUGUGGAACAAGACAUUAUUUGCUCUGUUACAUACAUGUGCUUCAAGGACAAACCUGAGAUUCUUUGGAAUGGUGGAAAGUUAAGUGGACGCAUAGUUCAUGAAAGAAAACAGGGAGUAAAAUAUGAAGCUAGAUCGACAUUAAAGUUCACAGCAAAGGCUGAUGAUCAUGGCAAGAUCAUUACCUGCCAACGCAAAUUUAAAGGAACUGUUCAAACAGUGCAAAUUACAUUAAAAGUUAAGAAGUCAAUGGGCUCACUUGACUGGAGUUUCACAAUGCCCAGCAAAAUCACUGGUGUCCGAGGUUCCUGUGUGGUCAUUCCCUGCAAUUACGAAUUCAAAAACUCCCAGAUUAGUCAUGCCAACGUGAAAUGGUAUACACUUUCCACUCCACGUUACAGUCUGGUGUAUGACCAAUCAACAAACAAUAUCAUUAAUGAGUUCAAAGGAAAGACAAGUUUAUUUGGAUCCUCAGUCGACAAAAACUGCAGCUUAAAGAUCCAGCCGCUUGAGAUGCAGCAUAGUCAGAAAAGACUUUUUCCCUGGAUGGACCCAAAUUCUAUUGAAUCAUACCACAGCAAAAAUUUCGACAGUGUAACUAUUAUCCUUGAGGUGACAGAUAUUGUUGAGAAACCACAGGCAGAACUUCUUGGCAUAGCUAAAGUUGGUGAGCCAGUAACCUUGUCCUGCAGUGUGGUACACAACUGUCCUUCACCACCCCCAACACUGAGCCUGAGUAUUUCGCGUGGCACUCAACAUUUAACAAACACACCCCUACAUCAUGGGAAAUGGAAGGCAACCAAAGAGAUUACAUGGACAGUUGAGGAAAAUGAUAAUUCUGUUACAUGUACUGUGACUUACACAGGUGGACAGACAUCGAAGACUGAAAUCAGUCUUAAUCCUUUAUGUCCCAUUGAUCAAGUCAAGAUUACUACUGAUUCAAACACAGAGUUUCUGGAGGGUGUGGAACAAGACAUUGUUUGCUUUGUUACAUACACAUGUGCCAAAGACCGACCUUACAUUAAUUUGAUUGGUGAACAGUUACCUGGCAGCACAUCUUAUAUAACAAAGCAGGGAACAAAACAGAUAGCUAAAUCCACAUUAAAGUUCACGCCAAAAGCUAGUGAUCAUGGAAAGACCAUUACCUGCCUAGCAGAUUUUAAAGGGAAUGUUCAAACAGUGGAAAUCACUUUACGAGUUCGAAGGUCAAUGGGCUCACUUGACUGGAGUUUCACAAUGCCCAGCACAAUUACUGGCAUCCGAGGUUCCUGUGUGGUCAUUCCCUGCAAUUAUGAAUUCAAAAACCCCCAGAGUAGUCACGCUGACGUGAAAUGGUAUAAACUCUCCGCUACAGGUUACCAGCUGGUGUAUGACCAAUCAACAAACAAAAUAAUUAAUCGGUUCAAAGGAAAGACAAGUUUAUUUGGCUCCUCAAAUGACAAAAAUUGCAGCUUGAAGAUCCAGCCACUUGAAAUGCAGCAUAGUCAGGAAAGACUAUUUCCUUGGAUGGACUCAAAUUCUAUUGAAUCAUACCACAGCAAAAAUUUUGAUCAUGUAACUAUUGUCCUUGAGGUGACAGAUAUUGUUGAGAAACCACAGGCAGAACUUCUUGGCAUAGCUAAAGUUGGUGAGCCAGUAACCUUGUCCUGCAGUGUGGUACACACCUGUCCUCUAACACCCCCAACUCUGAGCCUGAGUAUUUCUCAUGGUACUCAACAUUUAAUACACACACCCCUUCAUGAUGGGAAAUGGAAGACAACCAGAGAGAUUACGUGGACCGUUGAGGAAAAUGAUAAAUCUGUUACUUGCACCGUGAGUUAUACAGGUGGACAGACAUCGAAGACUGAAAUCAGUCUUAAUCCGUUAUGUGACUUUGACAAACCUGUAAUAAGUCCAACCGAAGAUGAGGCUAUGGAAGGAAUUGAGAAAAGCUUUACUUGUACUGUGAACUACACUUGUCAAAAAAAAAAACCAAACAUAAUCUGGAAUUACCAAAACAUGCCAGUUUCUGUUGAAACACAUAAGGUUUCCUCCCACAGUUGGAAAACAGUUUCCACUUUAAAACUGAAAGCAUCAAGGGAUGACCAUGGAAAGAUAUUAACAUGCACAGCUCAAACUACAGAGGGAGAGACUUCAGAUCAUAUUACGUUAAAAGUAAAAAUGGGGAUGUCCUCAUUGGACUGGACUUAUUCAAUGCCCAGCAAGAUCACAGGCAUCCGGGGCUCCUGCGUGGUCAUUCCCUGCAGCUUUGACUUCAGAACAGAAAAACUUAGGAAUGUUGUGGUGAAAUGGUACCUAUACUCCACAACAAAGUACCCUUUAGUGUAUGAUGCAGAUAAUAACGAAGUCACUGGCAAAUACUUUGGCAAGGCAAGACUAUAUGGCUUGCCUAGUGAGAAAAAUUGCAGUUUGGAAAUCAAGCAACUUGAUAUGCACCAUAAUGGGGAUAGACUGUAUCCUUGGAUGGAUCCAAAACCAGUUAUGACAUUUCACAAGGAAAACUACUAUGACAAAUCUGUUGAACUCCAAAUAAAAGAACAAGCUGAUAAACCAAAAUUAAGUAUUACUGGCAUACCAAGAGUGGGAGAACAAAUCACAGUGUCCUGUAGUGUCCAGUAUACCUGUCCGUCCAAUCCUCCAAGUCUGUCUAUGGGGAAAGCACUUGAAACUGACAUGACUGUACACACUCCAGUACAAGAUGGCUUUUGGGAGAUCAUUAGGGUUCACACAUUUAUAAUUAAGGAAGAGAAGCAAACUGUUACAUGUAAAGCCACAUUCCAUGGCGGACAGACAUCGGAAGCACAACUCAAUCUCAAUGCUCAGUGUACCUAUAAGGAUAUAACCAUUGAUCCUGAGGUGGCCGAUGUUGCAGAGGGUGUUGGAAAAAACUUCACCUGCACAGUUUUCCAUUCUUGCAAGGGUCAGACUCCAAAAUUCACCUGGAACUACAAAGACGUACCAGAGACUGUGGGGACUAAAAAAGGCCCAUCAUUAACCUGGGCCACCUACUCCAAUAUAUUAUAUAUAGCUUCAAUGGAGGAUGAUGGCAAGAAACUGACUUGCACUGCAACACUUCCUGGUGGAGAGAUCACAACUUCCAUUGUUUUACAGGUUCAAAGAUAUGUCCCCAAAGUGGUGGAUCCAUUUGAGAAUGACACUUUCCACGUUUUAGAGGCAAAUGUGGUGCCCAGGAUCACUGCUUUGACCCGCUCCUGUGUGGUGAUACCCUGUACUUUCCAGACUGGUAACGAGAUGAUUAUGAGUCUUCGAGGUCUGUGGUACACCACUACUGGUGAAUAUGUUUACCACUCUGGAAAGUCCAAUGUUAUGGACAACUUUAAGGGCCGCACACAGCUUCUGGGGAAUCCAGAUGAGCAGAACUGCACUUUAGAGAUUGAUAAUGUCCAAGCUCAUGAUAAUGGGCCAUUCUGCUUUCGUGCAGAAAAAGGCGACAAUAAAUACGGGUUCAACCACAGCUGUGUGUUCAUCAUCAUGAAAGGAUCUCCUGACAGCCCUGUGAUAUCGGCUCCUCCCGGGGAGAUGGAGCCAGGCAAGCGAUUCACAAUAAACUGUUCUGUCACACAUACAUGUUCCUCGCAUCCCCCGACUAUCACAUGGAAUGUUCCGGCUACCAGAGAAGUGGUGAGCCAUGUGGAGAGAAGUACAGGCAAAUGGGAAACAAUCUCCACAAUUACUUUCAUCCCAACUGGCUAUGAAGAAGAAGAAAAUCUUGUUUGUCGAGCCUCUUUCUGGAGGGGAAAGAGCCAAGAAAGCUCAACCUUCCUGAGUGUGAAACGAUUUGAAGGACUGGGUAUGGACAUCAUAGGACUUUAUAUAAUCCUCCCUUUGCUUUCAUUAUUGCUUUUGUGUAUUGCUGCUGGAAUUAUCAUUCGUAGGAGAAGAGUCCAAAAGAAAACUAGUGAUAAUCCAACACCUGAAAAAAGAAGAUCAAUUUGGGGCCAAAUUUCCAGGAGAUACGGUGGGGCUGCAAGCUGGCUAAGCUCUACUACGGAAACCAGCUCACCCCCAAGGCCACCAAAACCAGAGAAAAGGCGCAGCAUCUGGAGCAGGUUUUCCAGAAGAGGCCCAGUGAACAGUACAGAUCUGACAGUGCAGUACAAUGUUAGUGCAGCAGCCACAUCUGCAGGAUAUUCAAAACCCCACUAUCCGUCACCAAAGAGUGAACCAAAAUCCUACAAAGCAAGAGGUGGCCACUUGGCACAUUAUGAUGAGAAUGACUACACCAGUGCUGCCAAUAUCAAAAUGCAUCGAAAAAUGUAACGAUGACAGAAGAGUCUAUGCAGACGGUCUAAAGUACUGUUGUUUUUUCUAUAAAGCUUGGCUAAUUUGGAUCUUAUGCAGUUUUUAGGAGUGUUAUUUGUGUAGAAUGGUCUAAGAAAGACUGAAAUGCAGUAGUUACCGUAGCAGGCUUUUUGUGAUACCAGAUAAAAUAGGGAAAGAAUGAAAAGAAAUUGAGAUGUGUAGAAUGAUAAGAUUUCAAUGUAUACUAUUCAUUUUAUUUCAGACAUACGUAUGAGUGUUGGCAAUUUAUAAUGAUUUAGAUAGUCCAUUUUAUAUAGCAUAUUCUAGCUGACAGCUUCUUUCUGUAUUAUGUUACAUGCAUGUGGAAUGACAUUGUGUACUGAAUAAAGAUUGGAACAUUA